AACACCUCCUGAGGCGCCCUCCGCCGCCGUGGGCCGCGGAGAACAAACAAUAGUACACUGCCUCUUCAACACCACUUAAGGUUAGAACUUAUAGGAAAGGGCUGAGAAAUGAUUCAACUAAGAAUUCAUGGUCAAGAAAGAAACACAGAACUCGAUAACGUUUUAGUCUCUUCUUAAAGAAAGUAGAAAGGACGAUGGGAAGAAGAAGAGGCGGCUGGGGUGGAUGGAGGCAAACUAAAUAAUAAAUAAACUAAAAAGAAUUGGAAUGCAUCAGCUCUGGACCGUCGGCUGCUGCAUUGGAUAAACCACUAUUUUAACGGAUAGCCGAUGGAAACCACGACUGGUCAAAUUCUAUUCUCCUUUCUGGAAUUGAAGCUAAACCCAAUUCAUCAAAAAGAUCAUUAUCCAUGGAUGACGUCUCAAAUUGUCCAAGCUUACGUUGUAAGGUCGUCCUUGCUUUGGUAAGCGAAGUAGCGAACCAGAUUUGUAUAAAUCAAUAUCUGAUUUGGUAAAGUGUUCAUCGACUGUCUCGUCUGGUAUAGAAGAAUACGCAGAGAUGGGUUGGAAAGGGAUAUUGGGGUUCGAGUAUGGGAUCGUCCAGGGACCCUUGGGACCUGAUAUCUCGGGCCCGGAGCUCGUCGCCGCCGUUGCUCAUGCCGGAGGAAUUGGAUUACUCAGAGCCCCCGAUUGGGAAUCACCAGAUUACUUGAGAGGGCUAAUAAGGAAGACAAGGUCUUUAACUGACAAGCCCUUUGGCGUGGGCGUUGUUCUUGCAUUUCCACAUGAGGAAAAUAUAAAGGCCGUGAUAGAUGAAAAGGUCGCAGUGUUGCAGGUCUCCUGGGGUGAAUUCCCAGAGGAACUGGUACUCAAAGCUCAUCAAGCAGGGGUCAAGGUUGUUCAACAAGUUGGGAGCCUUGAAGGUGCCAAGAAAGCUAUUAAUGUUGGUGUAGAUGCACUUAUAGUCCAAGGGCAUGAAGCAGGAGGACAUGUCCUCGGUCAGGAUGGGUUGAUGGCACUGCUGCCAAGAGUAGUUGAUCUUGUGGGUGGUCGAAACAUACCUGUCAUUGCUUCGGGUGGCAUUGUGGACGAACGUGGUUAUGUUGCUGCAUUGGCUCUUGGUGCUCUGGGUAUUUGCCUCGGCACUAGGUUUGUUUUAACGGAGGAAAGCUAUGCUCACCCUAUAUAUAAAAGGAAGUUGAUUGAGCUUGAUGAAACUGCGUACACAGAUAUAUUUGGUCGAGCAAGGUGGCCUGGAGCACCGCAGCGUGUCCUGAAAACACCUUUCUUUAAUGAUCGGGGGCAUCUUUCAGAACAUGAGAAUGAGGUCAAGCAGCCAGUCAUUGGCCACACAACAAUACAUGGCAUGGAGAGGGAAGUCCGACUUUUUGCUGGUACAGUUCCAAACGCAACGACAACAGGGGACAUUGAAAGCAUGGCCAUGUAUGCUGGCGAAGGUGUGGGUCUCAUCAAGGAAAUCAUACCUGCAGGUCAAGUGGUAAAGAGGCUAGUCGAAGGCGCUCAGCUUUUAAUCCAACAGAAAUUCCAUGGAGAGACAAUUUGAACAAGGGAGGAUUAGCCUGAACUCAUAACCACUAUUCAGUUUGCAAAUUGUAGUGAACUUGGUUAGUGGGAGUUACAGUUAAGGUCUUGAACAGUAAUAAUCGGAUUGCAGUUCACUGGUGCUCAGCCUGAAGAAAUACAUUUGCUUCUUUGUUGGUGCUGUAUUUCAAAUUCAAAUUGUCACAUAAAGUUAAAUUAUGUAAUCAUUUUGAAAGUGGUUUCCUGGUUGUGAUGUUGUUGUCCA